UAGAAAAUAAAUAAAUAUGUAACAGAUACCAGCAGAUCCCUUAUUUUACAUUAACAAUAUUCGAUAUUGGCGCCCCCCACCAAAAACUACCCCAAACCUACUCAGACAGUAUUUCCGCGUAAGCACUACGUACAUCAACAGUAUUAAAUAUUCGGUACUCCAUCGGGUUGAGAAUCGUGCAGACAAGCCUGACUAAUCAUGAUUGGCGGUAUCGUUUAGAAGGAGAUAGAAAUUCGUGGUGUGCAAUUACAGGUUUUCCAGCGCAGAUUUCUACGCGAGAGUUAGUCGGCGAGGCCCGUAGGAAAUGGUGGUUUAUUUUAGGGACAUCUGAAAAUACGCGCACACGACCCUCGCAGAAGCUCAGUUGUCGUUGCUACGAGAUAGGAUCAUGGCUCUUAAAGAAUACCUGCUACCGACGAUAGCGAUAACGAUUUCAUUAGGAAUAUCGUCGGUUUUCGCGUGGAAUCCGGAAAUUCAUCGCUACGAGAGCUACGACCUGGACAGAGGCCCAGUCUUCUACGAAGCUUACUACCCGGACAGUAACGACGAGGCUCGUGACAAUUAUCAAGAGAAACGUUUCUUCGACCGAGGAGCCGUCCUGGAGAAGACGUACCAAGUUCCUGCCCAACGCCUGGUGUACCCAAACAACUUCGUCCAACUGAACAGCCGGCAAAGUCUUCCUCAAGGCGAACGUUUCUCUCCAGGGUCGAACGAGCAAUCGCUGGACAUCAAGGAGAUCUCGAGCCUGGCCAGAAGAGCGAUUUCCCGGGACCUGGAGAAUUGGAACACCCUCGAGAAUUAUUUGCAUCGGGCUAAAUACCAGGAUCCCUCGUAUCGUCGACAAAUGGUCGUCCCUGACCCAGUGUACGAGAUCGAGCGAUCAGUUCGUGGCCAGGGCUUGGACUCCUUGAAAAAUGGUCGCGAUCCGAGGCAGGAGUUGUACGAGGAAGUUCGAGAGCAGCCUGCAGACUUAACCAGUCGACUUCGAUUGGACGACGAAAGCAUUUUGAACUUGAUGAGAAGGUUGACGACGCGAGACCUUGCUAAUAAAGAUUCCAUGGGAGCUGUGGGGUCGACUCGAUACCAGAAUCAACCUGAACAGGAAACUGUAGGCACUCGAGGACCCACCGAGACGAACGUACCUUCGUUGAAGGAUCAACGAGAUUCUGGAUCGAUGGCUGAACCUUAUCCAUCGGAGAAUAUUUUUGCACCGCGGCCUCAGGUGAUCAAUUACAUUUUCUCCAAGAAACCAGUCGCCGAAAACAAAAUCCAGAGCGUGCCUGAUAUAAAGGAACCGAUAAAGGAGUCUGUGCCUAGAAAUUACGGGGACAAUCUUAUCCAAGAGGAAAUGAAGAAGAUCUCCGAAGACAAAGACGUGAAGGUCGCGUCCAUCGAGGUCAGCGAGGUGCCUAAACACAAGACUCGUCAUCAUCAUGGAGAUUGGCCGAAACGUGACUAUUCUCGACGUCAUCAGUCGUGAAUAACUAAAAAAUUGGUGUUAUAAAGAAAGAAUGGUAAUUCUUUCGAUCUUUUCAGACUCUUUCUUUACACCCUGUAUAUUAAAUUUGGAAUUUAUAGACGCUACGAGACAUUCAGAAAUAGUUUUGCCACAACAAAGCAGUUAAUUGUAUGUUGAGAUGUACCGUUUUAAAUAUUUAUUCAAUACAGUAUGCUACAACAAUAGUACAAUUUUCUAUAACAACGUGUACAUAUGUCGCUACGCUUCGUCUAUUUAAAUAUCGUGUUAUCGUUACAUGAAUUAACCAUACAUGCAUUAACAAGUAGUAACCAUGUAUAGGAAAAUAUUUAUUUUUUGUCGUGGAAGCAACAACAUGCUCGUGUUUGAUAAACAGAACGAUGAAGGUAACGUUGAACAUGUAAACACACUACAAACAUGUCAUACGAAACGACGAUAACACGAAGGAUACGUUUCAAGUUUUGAACACGAUUUUCUCUAGUGUCUCGAAUAAAUAAUAUACAUGAAACGCUUCUGAUCGAAAGCGAAUGUUCAUGAAGGAAUGUUAGCGUGAUACUUUCUCCUUUCUCGUCGAUGAUAAAUAUGAUACUGAUGCAAAUGAACUCGUGAAAUGACUCUGAAUGCUGUAAUUAAUGGUAUGUCUGCUGAUAUAAAGACAAGUACGAGGAUAAAACCACAAGUACUUUAUAAGUAACCUACGCUAUUGGAACACAACUUCGUUUGGUGAAUAGUCUCAGUUAGCUACAUCUACAAUAUUAUAUUUAAUUCUCCAAAUUUUUUUUUUUUUUGGAUAUCUAGUCUGUUCUUAGUUCUGUCUUCAUACGAAUUGACGGUUCUCCGCAUACAUUCGGCAAGAUAUCUUUCAUCUAAAGAUCAUUUCACGCUCUUUUAUAACCCAUCGCAUAUUCGUACAACAUACAAAUACUCGUUUACUUUGAAAUAAACAAAAAAACUAGCAACUAG